UAUAAAAGGACUAUGAGAAACACCAUCCGCCUAUUGAAGGCUGGAGGUUUGUGAGCGAGCAGUAUGGCACCCUGGAUUGUAUGGAUACUCCCUAUAUGCACGGUCCUCACUGGACAAGGAAUAAAGGCUCUGGACUGUGGAGUGGCCCCUCUGAACACAAGAGUUGUGGGCGGAGACAAUGCUACACCUGGGUCGUGGCCCUGGCAGGUCAGCAUACAUGUCAACUAUUUGGGGACUCACAUCUGUGGAGGGACCCUCAUCAGUGACCAGUGGGUUCUCACAGCUGCCCACUGCAUUGUCCUAAAUGACCCGCGCGGGUGGAAGCUUUACUUUGGAAGAAAUACUCAGGCUGGCCCAAAUGUGAACGAGGUUUCCCGCACUGUGACCAAGGUCAUCGUCCACUCUAACUAUAAUGACACGCUGUACAACAACGACAUUGCCUUGAUGAGGCUCAGCAGCCCCGUCACAUACACCAACUACAUCAGACCUAUCUGCCUGGCGAGCAGCUCCAGCCAGUUCCACAACGGCACCUCCUGCUGGGCCACCGGCUGGGGCGACAUCAGAGCGAGUGAGCCAUUACCAAAUAAUGUUCCACUGCAAGAGGUUAAAAUUCCCAUCAUUGGAAACAAGCAGUGCACCUGUAAUUACAUCCCAGCCAAGGAAGCAACCAUCACUUCAAAUAUGGUUUGUGCGGGGCAGGAGAACAAAGGAAUAUGUCAGGGAGACUCUGGAGGACCUCUGCAGUGCAAGCAAGGCUCGUCUUGGAUCCAGGCUGGCCUCUCAAGCUUUGGCGUGCCUUGUGCUCUGGCUGGUUUCCCUGAAGUCUUCGCCCGAGUGUCUCAGUAUGAGACUUGGAUCAAAGAGUCUGUGGGCGAGGCAACAGUUGGCUUUGUGGUGUACAAUUCUAGUGGCACCGACCCAGACAACAGUUUUGUGUGUGACAGCGCAAGUUCUCCAACUUUGCUCAAGUUUUCAACCCAGUUUACAUUUGUCAGCUUUGCAACAGUGAUGGCGCAUCACAUUUUCGCUUAGUAGCACAGUGUAUUGCGCAGUGAUCCUUAAAUUUAUGUUAUGUAAUUAUUUUAAUUUAUUGAUGAUAUAAUAAUGAAAUGUAAUGUUAUGGUGGUCGUGACUGAGUUUGUGCAAUGAAAAUGUCUCUCACAUAGGUUGUAUGUAAAAGAUAAUUUUAUCCAGUUGAGGCCUUUUUGGCUCCUGUACGCAGCUAGCAAAGCACAUUUGGCCUAGUUACGGCACUGGUUAACCCAUAUCUAGGACAACCAUGCCCCAAAGUUUGCAAACUGGCUUUGGCAUGUGCAGUACGAGCCAGAUAUGACCAACAUUUCAGGGGUUAGUUUGGACAUGGAGUAUGGGAAGUGUUGUGAGGGCCAGACGACAGACGUGUGGCCGAGUUUAGGCAACCACAUUCACCUCAGUAGUGUCAAUCAAAGCCUAAUGUGGAAAGAAACUGCUGAGAAAUUUGGUCCAAAAAUUGGUCCAAAUAUUCGUGUUAUUUGUGUAGAUUCAUAUUCAAAAGCGUCAUCGUGCUCAAUAAAAGUCAAGAAAUAUUAAUUAUUCAAAUUAUUUAAAAUUAUAUCAAGCUUGUAAAUUAAAAUAAAAAAAUGUAAACAGCUAUAUUCACUUUUUUUUAUAACUAUAUAAUCUGUCAUUUAGCAAAUAAUUUAAUAAUUACACAGAUCAGCCAUGACAUUAAAACCAGUGGCAGGUAAAGUGAAUAACUCAGUCCAUUUUGUUAAAAUGAAAUGUUCUUCUGGGAAAAUCUUAACUUUGAACUAACAGCAGCAGCUCAGUAAUAAUCCUGCAAAAAACAGCUGAGGAAUAUCCAAAAAACACAACAGAGAGACUGACGUGUUCUUUCAUCAUCCAACCUCCCCAGAAACUCCAGGACACGCUCAGAUGUUUUUGUCCAUGUCCUCGACUGACACGGACAGAGCCCUUUUGAUGUCACGAGGAUGAUCUCCUACAGUAGUUUUAAUGUUAUGGCUGAUCAAUCUAAGGCCUCAAAGCCGUGUAGUUUUGUUAGCCGAGGUUUUACAUAUUACUCUCUAGCGCAACAAAAUCAGGUUAAGUCUGUUGCCCAUUUUGGUUAAGGCUUUAAACCAUCAGUUUAAAAACUAACAUACUGUCAUGAUGUCAUGAUCGCUAUUUUUGCUUCUUAAAGGUCGGAAGACUUAUAGUGAAACACUGAAGAGGAAACUGAACAUUUUUGUAAACAGACGGUACUGAACAUGCAGCUGGCUCAUAUUUCCUCAUAAAAUCUGUCACAGUUAAAAGUGUGAAUCUGUUCCCGUUGACAGCUGCAUCCAGCCAUUAAACAAAUAAUAAAAA